ACGCGACGACGUUUCGGGCGGCGGGGGAGAAAAAGCGAAUCACUCUCGCUUUCAGUCACCUGAGGACGAUGCGACCGUCAAGAUGAUCCUCAUCAUAGCCCUCCUCAUCGGAGUCGUCACGUGUGAGUGUCCAAACAACACAGAUCUGACGUUUUCGAAGGCUGCAGGAUUCAAACCUCGUCUUCCUUACCAGCCGACCCUCCUCUACGCGUCGUCGUACGGCUCCGCAGUCACGGCGGAAUGCUACAACAGAUGCCGAAACUCUUCGGAUUGUUUUGGCUUCGUAUUGGUGUACGCGACCGCCUCAUGCUACAGGGUCGGCUACGACGCCACUGACCCAAAGUUUGGACUGAUUCCCGACGAAGGUGUCACUUUCUUUUCGAAAAUAUGCCUGCCCGUUUCUCAGAACUGCUCGAACAUGGCGUGGAGCGUCGAGACCGCCCUGGGCUACGAGUUCCUCGGGCCACAACAUACCAUAUUAUCGAACGUCGAAGACAGGUGGACUUGCAUCAAAGAGUGCUUAAUUCAGGCAUACCGAGGCGAGCCAUGCUUAUCGGCCAACUUUUACCCAGCGACAAAAACGUGCACAUUAAGCUCCUACGACCGAUGGCUAAGCCCGGACAUGUUUGUACCGAGCACACAACGAUCAACCGAAUACAUCGACAAUAACUGCCUACAAGAGCUGAAUAGAAAAGUUUGCUGGCAGCUUCCGACGUACAACACGACUUCUCUGAGGGCCGAUGCUCAAGUCGAAGGACUGGACGUCGAAGGGUGCAGGAAAAAAUGCGAGGACGAAGAUAAAUUCAAGUGCAGAGCGUUCUCUCAUCUGAACAAAACCGUUCCUUCCUGCAUCCUUCAUUCGGACAAGGCUCUCAUCGAUCCUGGCCCGAUCAUCUACCCUUCGCUCACGCCGACUAUCGGAGGACUUUACAUUGAAAUGAUCAGCUGCGUAAAUCUGACAGUAAGCUGUAACAAAGACAUGAUGACGGUAACACUGGGAUCGAAGAACUUCAAAGGCGUUCUGUCAGUGAGAGGUUAUUCCAGUGUGUGCUCCACAUCUGGAAAGGGGGACGACACGACAAGCCUCGUUAUCCCGUUGCCAAAGGACAAAGACAACAAAUGCAACGUUAACAUGGCGUAUUCCAUAGGCGACGUAAACAGGACUUUGGUGUCGGCAGUAGUCGUCGUCCAGUAUCACGAACUGAUUCAGAGAUCUGGCGAUAGAAUUGUGAAAGCCAGCUGCCUCCUGAGCGACACAGACGGCUCAGAUGAAAAGAAUGUCACUCUUGGAACAGGCUACGCCGUACAAAGCCCUGGCGUGCAAAGCGAAGUGUCCGGUACGAGCGGCACCCCGGCGUCCUCUCCUCGGGCCAAGAUGUCGUUGAUCGACGCAAGAACAGGACGGCAAGUGACCGACGUGAAACUUGGAGAUCCUCUAAUUCUCAGAAUUGAACUUCAAAAACCAUACAAUGUUUCGAACGUUCACGUUGGACAUCUAGUCGCCAGCUCGGGCGACAAGCUAGAGUCGCUUCUCCUGCUGGACUGGAACGGCUGUCCACCUGAUCCUACAGUUUUCCCGGCUCUUUCCAAAACGUCAAACAGCACCCUGGAGGCGCCUUUUAAGUCGUUUAGAUUUCAAUCUACCCAGCUACUCAGUCUGGCCGUCGUCUUAACUUUCUGUAAAAACUCAUGCCCACCGGUUGACUGUGGUAACGGCGUUGUUUCAUACGGAAGGAGGAGACGGGACGCAGAAGAAUUUUCAGACACCCCACUUGAAUUGUCAAUAAUGUUUCAUGUGCAGGAUAAUGCAAAUACGACAUCAAGUCCUAUACUCCAAGCUUCUUCCUUAGAGUGGAACGAGGCUGGAACAGAAAGGCUAAUCUGCACAAAUUUUGUUACCGCGGCCAUACUCGCGCUGUUCUGGCUGCUCCUCCAGUGCAGCAUCCUCGCCGUUUGUUGCUGCGUCCUCCAGAAGAGGAAGGAGGAGCACGCCGACACCAUAUCACUGAGCAGAGACUUCCAUCCUCAGAGGCACGUCACUUUCGUGGAUGAAAUCGAUGAGCCAGUGAAAGGGUUAAGGCUGUCAACACCAAUGAAGAAUAGACUUAAAUAGAUCUUAAAAGGUUUGCGUAGCAAUUUGGCUCUCUUCCCACUGCCAAUCGAACUAAAAAAAAAA